AUGUUUUCGAAGAAAAAGAAAAAGCCACAAAUUUCCUUCCCGAGCAAUUUCGAGCACCGUGUACAUACGGGCUUUGAUAAGCGGGAAGGUCGGUACGUCGGUUUACCAUUGCAAUGGGCGUCGAUCGUUGGCAAUAAUCAGAUACUGAAAUCAUCCAACCGUCCGUUGCCGUUGGUCGAUCCGUCCGAGAUCACACCGACCGAAAUACUGGACCUAAAGACCAUCGUGCGGCCCCACGGUCCACCGGGCCCGGGAGGAAAUGUGGCCGUACCGGGUACGGGUGCAUCCGAACCGGGGAAACUCAUACUGCCGAAAACAUCUAAUGUAGCACGUUCGAAUUCACUUCGAAGCUCCAGUCCACCGCGGGUACGCCGUGGAGAUUUGCGUGCCAAUACCAAUGUGCCACCAUCCGUGCCGGAGGAACCGAUGCAACCGCCGCAACAGCUUGGCGGAGGCCAAUCUCCUUUCCCUGGAAUGAACAAUAACAGCUUCCCGUCGAUGCAGCCACCCGCCAAGGGGCCGACGGGUGGAACUUAUCCACCAAUUUCGCCCGCGGGAACGACGUUGGAGACGAACUUUAACAACAAUUUCGAUGCACACCAUCAACAACUACAUCAGCAGCAGCACCAGUUGGCAUCAGGAAUGGCGCAGCACCAAAUGCAUAUGCACCACAUGCAGCAACAGCAGCAGCAGCAGCACCAUCACAUGCAUUCCCAUCAAGCUCAAGCAGGCGCUGUUGGCGGGAGCAGCGUACAAGCGGCAACAGCAGGCCAUGCAAUCGCCCCGCAUAUGAACGGUGGCAAUCUGAUAGCGGGCAACAACACGAACAGCAGCAACAUGUCUACGGCUGCUUCGACCAAUGGUACGGGCUCGAACGGAAACCUCUCCAAUCCGGUCAGUGUGCUAACGGAAACGUCUUCGCUAUAUCAUAACAGAUCACAAAAAUCCUCACCAACUGGUUCGGAUGGUAUGCACCGGCAGUAUCCUAAUGCAGGCUAUGCUGGCCAGCUACCGGGCAACAACAAUUUCCACGGCUCGAGUAUGAUGGCAGCAGGUGGUGGACCACCUCCACUGCACAGUAAACCACAGCCCGGUCCGAACCAUCCCGGGCAGGAGGGUUCCAUGGUGAACAACCAUGGCACACUCAGCCAGCAUGGUCACAUGGGAGAUGCAAACAACGGCAACCAUCUUCCACCCGGUCAUCCGGGUCAUCACCAUCACCACCACCAUCCGCACGGUAUUAUGGGACCCGGUGGUUCGGCUGGAACACCCCAACUGUCCGGUUCACAGCUGUCCCCAACAAACGUUCAUCACCAUCAUCAUGCCCAUCAGCAGCAGCAACAACAACAAAUGCAGGUUCCAUUGCAGAUGGGCAAUAAUCAGAUGCCAAAUCACCACCAUCACCAUAAUCACAAUGCAAAUGCGCUACACCAGCAGAAAAUGCCAUCGCCGUCAUCGGUAUCGAACGCCAACACGGGUGGCACACAAGGUGCAGCGGCCGCAGCAGCAGGACUUGGCGCACCGGAUCCGAACCACAUGUUUAACAACAAUUCCAUCAGCAACGCGAAGAGCAACUCGCGUGCAUCGAGCUCCAGUGGUGGUAACGUAUCCGUUGCCCAAAGUACCUCAUCCACCACACAGAGCGGACAGAGUCAGCAGCAGCCACCGGUAAAAACGGAACAAAGGCUUACACAUGAACAGUUCCGUGCCGCACUACAGAUGGUGGUGUCUGCGGGUGAUCCGCGUGAAAAUCUGGAAAAUUACACAAAAAUCGGCGAAGGUUCAACCGGUACCGUCUGCAUUGCGACAGAUAAAUCCACCGGUCGGCAAGUGGCAGUCAAGCAGAUGGACCUGCGAAAACAGCAGCGCCGUGAGUUGCUGUUUAACGAGGUUGUUAUUAUGCGUGACUAUCACCAUCCGAAUAUUGUGGAAACGUACAGCAGCUUCCUGGUGAAUGAUGAACUGUGGGUAGUGAUGGAAUUUUUGGAGGGCGGUGCGCUCACCGAUAUCGUGACACAUUCCCGCAUGGACGAGGAACAAAUUGCUACCGUUUGCAAACAGUGCCUUAAGGCUUUGUCCUAUCUUCAUUCACAGGGUGUUAUCCAUCGGGAUAUCAAAUCCGAUUCAAUUCUGCUAGCGUCGGACGGACGGGUAAAGCUGUCCGACUUUGGUUUCUGUGCACAGGUGUCGCAAGAACUGCCGAAACGCAAAUCGCUCGUAGGUACACCGUACUGGAUGUCGCCGGAAGUUAUCUCCCGGUUGCCGUACGGACCGGAGGUAGACAUCUGGUCGCUCGGUAUCAUGGUGAUUGAGAUGAUCGACGGUGAGCCACCGUUCUUCAAUGAGCCACCGCUGCAAGCGAUGCGACGCAUCCGCGAUAUGCCACCGCCAAAGCUGAAGAACUCACACAAAGUGUCCAGCCGGCUGCAGAACUUCCUCGAUCGUAUGCUCGUGCGUGAUCCGGUGCAGCGUGCCACCGCGUCGGAAUUGCUGGCGCAUCCGUUCCUAAGGCAAGCGGGACCACCAUCGUUACUUGUUCCAUUGAUGCGUGGCGCACGGCACAGUAAUUGCUAA